AUGGGCGUUCUUGAUCAUUUUCCUGAUUUGUUUGAUUGCUCUAGUGGCAGUUCCAAGAUCAAGAAACGCAAGCAAUUGCAGACGGUGGAGGUCAAGGUGCGGAUAGACUGUGAAGGAUGUGAGCGGAAAGUGAAAAGAGCAUUAGAGGGAAUGAAGGGUGUAAAGCAAGUGGAUGUGGAAAGAAAAGCAAACAAGGUGACAGUCGUUGGAUAUGUGGACCCAUCAAAGGUGGUUGCUCGCGUGGCACAUCGGACGGGUAAGAAGGCGGAAUUAUGGCCAUACGUGCCGUAUGAUGUGGUGGAACACCCUUAUGCACCUGGGACAUAUGACAGAAAAGCACCUGCUGGGUACGUGAGAAAUUCUGACGACCCACGAGUGUCUCAACUCGCACGUGCCAGCUCUACAGAAGUUAGAUACACUACUGCUUUCAGUGAUGAGAACCCUGCAGCUUGUGCUAUUAUGUGA